AUGAGCGAACUAUCACAAGAAACAUUAUCGUUGUCGUCAUCGGAAGAAGAUACAAACCAAGAAGCCACAAAAGAUACGAACAAGGACUUUGAGAAGAUCGUUCCCCAAAAAUCAGACAUGACGAAGUACUUCGACUCUGUUGGUAUCACCAACGGUACAGAAUACAUGCACUGCAAAAGCUGCACAGACGCACACCAAAAGGGAGACCUCUCUCGCGUUAUGAAGAUUAAAAACAAGCCCGAAAACCUCAGAAAGCACUUGAAAAGUUGCAAAUACUUUUGUAGCCAGAAUGGCCUUGAAGCAGUUGCAAAGCCACAAAGGUCAAAAGCAACAUCUAUGUCCACAAGAGCCUUUGCAGAGGAAGGUCAACAAACCAAAUUCCAUAAUCCACCUGAAGGAUGCAAAAUGAUGCAUGUUAAAUACAACCGAAGGGUCGAGACCUUCGACGUCACUCCGGGUACAACUGGUGCACAAAUCGUGAAGGACCUCAAAACAAUUUUUGGAAUUAAAGACGAGAUAAAGUGCUUUUUGCGAAAGGAAGUUGACAAAAAGGUGCUCAUUGGAGCGGCGGAUGUUAUUAAACUCAUCGAGAAUGGAGACUUUUAUAAAUUGGAAUCAAUGUAA